AUGUGCUUCGAGGUGCAAAGGUACAUUGAACUUGAUCUAACGGCACAGCUGAACGAGUCAGUGGAGGAAAAUUUUGAGGAAGUUACAUCGAACAUAAUCAUUCUCUUUGCUGAUACUGAUCAUGCUGAGAUGAUCAUCCAGAACGUGCCGAUUUUCUCAAUGUCUGGUAAAGUCUGCAUACUCAGCGAACAAGCAUCCCUGGCUAGUCACUUACCAACAGGUUGCCUCUCAGUGCGACUACGUCAAAAUGCUCUAUCGGCAUUGCGUGAUGCAAUGAUGAUAAUACGUAAUGGUAUCGGUAUGCUCACCGAUUACGAUAUAGACCCACCGAAACAAUGCUCCGGUAAUAUGGUGAAUAGUGAGUGGACAAAUACACUGGGCAAUAAACUUUACCGGCAGCUAAUAACAAACACAGUUUUCGAUGAUACGCCAAUUCAGUUCAACGAUAAGGGUGAUCGUAUCAAAACUGAUUACGAUAUUACGAAUUCGAUUGAUGGUAAACUACAGGUGAUCGGUCAUAUGAGUGGCACCCAACAACGCAUCGAAAUCAACGAGACGAAAAUAGUGUGGUUGGGUGGUACACGAACGAAGCCACUUGAGAUAACACUGCCAAAGCAUCUCCGUGCCGUUACCGUAUCCGACCAGCCAUUCGUUUACACCGUCCCAACUGUCGAUUCGGCGAGAUGCUAUCAAAUGCAAAGCUUCAUUGUUGAUGGUAUUAACGUAGAAACAAGAAGAUCAGUUCGGUUCAGGAAAUUCCAUGAGAAGGACCAUGGUUCGCAUGUCCUNAACGACAGCACGACGGAAAUGUUCUGCUGUGCUGGCUAUGCGAUUGAAUUACUGGCGAAUCUGGCUCUACCUGAGGUCAACGGAAGCGUUGAUACGGGUUUCACAUUUGCUCUGCAUCUGAACGAUAGUUACGGUGCGGUGUUGUUGGGCGAGAAUGGCUACGUGCUAAGCGGAAUGGUUGGAGAGUUGGAUAUCGAUGAGGCAGAUUUGGCCGUUGGAGCGCUCACAAUCAAUCCAGAACGAGAGCAGUACAUCGAUUUCUCAGAGCCAUGGCUCUAUCAUGGCAUCAAAAUACUCGAAAAAUGG